AUGACAUCUUCGUUUGAUGCUCUUCAGUCUCCAAUGUAUUUGGGAAGAGAAGAAGCGCAGACGGUGUUUUCGAUUGAGACGAAGUAUGGAAAGUCGAUUCGAGAGCACUCGCAUGUUCAGAAUGACGAUGAGAUCAUUCUGCUUCCUGGCGUAACUGUGAAAGUGGUUGGAUCGUCGAAGGGUGAAGACGGAAUUCAAAUAGUUCAGUUGCGUGAGAUUGGCCCAGAUGGAGGUAACUUAGUGAACUCUAGUUCACCAAUAGAAGAAUACCAUAAUCCAAACCUUGAAAGAAUCAUUCGAUCGUUAGGAAAGCGCGAACAUUUAGUUUUAGAAUCGAUGAAUCUAAAUGAUCAAGAUAUGGAGAUUGUCGUAAAAUUAGGUCUAAUUGAAAAGAAUUGUGGGACAAUCGAUCUUUGUAACAAUAUGAUAACAUCUGUGGGUGCAUCUAUCUUGGCUCAGGUACUUCCUGGACGUUAUUUUUUCUGUUUAAAAUUAGACGGAAAUCGCAUACUGGAUGCAGGUGUUCAGUCUCUUGCUAAAGGAUUGGGAACUGAUAGUGGUGCUGUGAAAAUACUUAACUUGAAUUCGGUUGGAAUGUCCGACGCUGGUUGCGAAUACCUGGCCGAAAUGCUACAAAGAAAUCCCUAUAACAUGUAUCUAACUUUAAACGACAAUGACAUUAGUGAUCGAGGAGUUCGCAUAUUGCUUGAAACAAUAAUGUCUCCUGACUGCAAUACCUCACUUCUGACUUUGUCUGGCAACAAACGAAUAACUGAUGCAAGUGUUGACAUCAUCUGCUCUUCGAUGUUCGCACGCCAUUAUUUCCUUCAGAUGCAUGUUCGUAACUGUGGCUUUUCCAGUGCGGGCAAAGAGAAACUUCAGCUUGCAGCUCAACAACGUGGUGGUUUUAUCAUUUAUGUGUAA